UUCAACAACUUAUAAAUAAUUGUAAGCUUUCACAUUUGCUUUGGAGAAGGGCUUUAGUCGAACAUAUGCCUAUUCAUAGGGAAUCCGAAAUGAAAGUAGACUGCUACUUAUCCGGCAAUCUCUAAUCUACAAACAGAGUUAAAGCAGAUACAAGGAAAACAGCAAAAGAUUACAUUGUAGAAACAAAUAUGGUAAAGAAAAAAAAUUCGGAUUUCCCUAAAUAAUAUUAAACUCUAGUUUCCAUAAUUAGCAUUGAUUCUGUUUCACAAUUGUUGAAUUGAUAGUGACGUUCAAAAUUAUGGAAAUAUUUCGGUCUUUAAAGUUGGAAAAUUUGUACCUACGCAAAGCACACGCCGAUUCGCAUCCAUUGACAUGACUGGAGGUUCACGUUCUUUUGAUGGCGCUAAUCCACCUAUGUUGCCGCCUCCGCCUCCGCCUCAGCCGCAGCCGCCGCCAGUCGGCAUACAGCUCUGCAUCCUAUUCUCGGUGGUUGUCUUCGGUUUCGUCUGCAUGUUUUUCUAUCUCAAACUCUCGGAUAACACUGACGCUUCUGAGCCGCCAGCCAACGAUGCUGCGGCUGCCAACGAUGGCCUGAAGAAGAAGGUCCUGAAGUACCUUCCGAAGCUGACCUACACCGCCGCCAACGACAACCUCUUCGACUGCGCAAUUUGCCUGGCGGAGUUCGUGGCCGGAGAUGAACUCCGAGUGCUUCCUCCGUGCGGUCAUGGUUUCCACGUUGAAUGCAUUGAUACGUGGCUAGGACUUCACUCCUCCUGCCCCUCUUGCCGCGGGAAAGUAGUGGUUACCAGUUGUCAGAAGUGCAGCGGCGGUGGCUCGCCAGUGGCCAGGUCUUCUUCCUCCAUCGAGUCUGAACCAAGCGACGGGCGGGAAAUAAAACUGUCCAUUCAUAUUCUACAAUUAUCUUUAGAUGAAUAGACGACGUCGUUUUAGACCUUCAACUUAUGUCUAAUACAAGAAGUACAUAUUAUGCUAUUAUUUUUCUUUCAUGGAUUUUACUAUUUGAUUGAAUACUAUCGAAAAUUUGUCAUAAGUA